CCUGCAGAGAGAGGAGGGUGGGGGGGGGGAGGGAGCUCGAAUGAAUGACCUUUGGGAGGAGUGUUAAUGCCGGCGCUGUGAUCACGGUCACGGUCCCUCACAGGGCGGACGAGGUGCGGACAUUUAGUUCUUCCAUCGACGGGGUGGGGGAGGGGGGGAAAGAGAAGGACGGUGUGUGGAGGAGCCGGGGCCGGGCGGCGGGUGCCGGGCGGCAGGAAACGACCCCCUUUUUUUUCUCUCUCUCUCUCUCCGCCGAGGCCUUUUCCUUCUUCUUCUUCCUCCACCACCACCACCACCUUCUCCCUCUCCACCACCACCACCUACUCCUCCUCCUCUCUCACGAUCGAUCGAUCGAUUGACUGACUGACCGACUCCCUCCCCUCCCUCUUCGCUGCCGCGAAUCUCUUUAUGUACUUUCGGAAAGAUGGGAAAGGCGCUGUCGAGGAUUUUCGGGAACAAGGAAAUGCGUAUAUUGAUGCUUGGACUUGACGCGGCCGGGAAGACCACCAUCCUGUACAAACUGAAGCUGGGCCAGUCCGUCACCACCAUCCCCACGGUGGGCUUCAACGUGGAGACAGUGACUUACAAGAACGUCAAAUUUAACGUGUGGGACGUGGGCGGUCAGGAUAAAAUCCGGCCUCUGUGGCGGCACUACUACACCGGGACCCAGGGAUUAAUAUUCGUCGUGGACUGUGCCGACAGGGACCGGAUAGACGAGGCCCGGCAGGAGUUGCACCGCAUCAUCAACGACCGGGAGAUGAGGGAAGCCAUCAUUCUGAUCUUUGCGAAUAAGCAAGACCUGCCCGAUGCCAUGAAACCGCACGAAAUCCAAGAGAAAUUGGGUCUGACCCGCAUCCGGGAUAGAAAUUGGUAUGUGCAGCCGUCCUGUGCCACUUCAGGAGACGGACUGUUUGAAGGUCUUACGUGGCUAACGUCCAAUCACAAAUCUUAAUGAGUGUAUGAAACUGUUUAGACAAAAAAAAACCUCUCGGAAGAAUAUAUAAUGAGAGAAGUAACGUGGGAUUAUGAUCCUGACCCUUCACUAAUCACCUUUGUUUGAUUUUUUUGGGGGAAUUUAACUGGCAUUUAGUUUGGCUUUGCUUUAGAAAGUUUCAUAUGAAUGCGCUGAACUAAUCUUAAGAACUUGAGAAUUUAAGGGUUCAGAAAAGGUCGUAUUUUAAGUAAUUUGCCAUUAUUUGAAUAACUUCCCUUUAUGUACUAUCGUUUGGGUUUUUUCAUUUUUAAAAAAAAAUAUGCUUCUCAGUUUCGAGUUCUUGCUUCUUCCUUUAAUGGCUUGCUGUAGAUUGCUUAAUUUACAUUCAUGCAAACGUAUGAUGUCAGGUCUAUUUCAAUUAGUAAACUUGAAAGCUUAUUUGAACAAAUAUAAUUCGUCUCUACAUUUUAUUUGCCUACUUUGUUUUCUGACUCCAAUCACAAGCAAAAAAAUCCUGUCAUUUAUACCCUAGUUUGAGGAUCCAAGAAAACCAGGGUUCAGAUCUGUGAGGGAUAAAUUAAUUAUUAGAGAUGACUACAAUAUUAAAAAAAAGCACAGCUGGUCAGUCAAAUAGCCAGUUUUGAGGGUUUAGACAUAAAAUGAUGAGCAUUAUCUUUCAGAUAUUCAUUGACUAGCUGUCCUGUCUUGUUUUUUUUAUGUUUGAAAUUUCUGGGAAUGUGUGCUUUAUUUAAUUGUGGACAGGGUGUGUCCAAAUCAAAUAUCACUUCGUAAUCUGCCUAGAUCCAGUGCAAAAGUAUUUACUAGCCAAUAAGUCAAAAUAUUCAUUUUCUGCUACAAAAAAUAGGUACAGUUCAAUAAGUUUGAAAAAAAUCCAGGUAGUCUUUUUGCCACUUAGGUGGCUGAUUGUUAUAUAGUUACUCUGAAUGCUUCUAUUGCAUAAGUAAGCUUUUUUUAAUUCCUGCUGUAUUUUUUUUAUGAGUGCACAUGUAUGCUGCUUCUGACCAUAUUGAUACAACACAAGCAAAAUUGUGCAUUGUACUGUUUCCAUACAGAGGUUCAGAAUGUGUUGUGACAUCUUUUUCUGCCUCCCAGGAAUCAAAAUGGCUUCUGAUACCAAAAACAGUUAAUUUGUAACAGUUUUGUCCAAUGGAAUGAUGACUCCAGCAUGUACAAUAUUACACAUUAAAAUGAAAUAAAUAUGCCAAACAUCAGGUAUUAAAACAA